AUGAGGCACUCUCUCACCGGUACCUUCGUUGCCCUCGUACUUUUUCCUCUAUGCUGCCUCGCCCAUCCUCAAGAGUCACCGCCGCCCGUCGUCACUACGACGACCUGCAGCUAUUCCUGUCCUCCCAACGAUUAUUCUGGGUUUCGGCUCAUCUCUAAGGUGGAUGCUAUCGGAUACGAUUCUGCGUAUUCGAUUUUCGAAUGCGUAUAUCGCGAUGAGGUAGUAGGAGGGGUCAAGAAAGCGCAGACUUGUUCUUAUCACAAGAACUCAGGAUUGAGAGCGCUUUCCUCUCAAGCGAUCCCUUCCUGCCCCACUCAAGCUCUCCCAUGCAUGGCGGGUUCGCAGCCAGUUUUCUCCAACAUGGAUGGUAAAACACCGGAGACACCUCCUUGGGUCGAGAGUGGGAGGUUUCUUCUUUGGAAGAAGGAGAACCCCAGUCGUGAUUGA